UGGUGGCUGGACAACAUGGAAGCCCUUAUGGAUGUGUGGCUAUGGUCUGUCUGAUAGUACGGUGGGCAUCAUAGGUCUGGGGAGAAUAGGACAGGCGGUUGCCCGCCGCCUAAAGCCAUUUGGAGUCAAGAAGUUUUUGUACACUAGCAGUCGCCCGAAACCAGCGUGUGCUGCAGAGUUUGAAGCUGAGUUUGUCCCACUCACGAGGCUGGCCGAAGAGUCGGACUUCAUUGUGGUGACAUGUGCUUUGACUCCGGCCACCCAGGGAAUGUGCAACAAGGACUUCUUCGGCAGAAUGAAGAAGACCUCUGUGUUUGUCAACACAAGCAGGGGGACCGUGGUGAACCAGGAGGACCUGUACGACGCACUGGCCCAUGGCCAGAUUGCAGCGGCGGGCCUGGACGUCACAACGCCGGAGCCACUUCCCACUGACCACCCCCUGCUCUCCCUCAAGAACUGCGUGAUUCUGCCGCACGUCGGGAGUGCCACGUAUGCCACGAGGAGCACCAUGGCGGUGCUGGCAGCCAACAACCUGCUGGCUGGGCUGCGAGGGGAGCCCAUGCCCCAUGAGCUGCUGCUGUGA